GAAAAAGGAACGACACAAUCGGGCUUCCUAGCUGCUGGCGGACCCGAUGGGGCGUCCUGCGAGGGUUCGGCAAGGGUUCUGCCAGGAUAGUAGCAGUGCCCCCAAGGAGUGAGAGGCACCCGGGGCUACUGGAGCCAGACCCUCAACCCGCCCUAGUGGGAGGCGAGGAACAACGAAAGCCUCGUAUUCCCAUUUCUCUAAUGGCUAAUGACAUUAAAGGUUUUCAUAUGGUUAUUUGCCAUCUGCAUAUCUUCAGUGAAAUGUCCGUUCAUUUCUUCUGACUAUUUUCUAAUUGGAUUUUUAAGAAUAAUUGAUUUUUGAGUUAUUUACAUAUUCUAGAUACUGGUUGUAUGCCAGAUAUGUGGCUUGUAAAUAUUUUCUCCUAGGUAAACCUUUUCAGUAUCGUUACAGGGUCUUUCACAAAGCAAAAGUUUUAAAUUUAUGGGGUCUAAUUCAUCAAAAUUUCUUUUUACCGGUCAUGCCACUAAUGUCAAUUUAAGAACCUUUUGCCUAGCCUUAGACAAUAGUUUGUUGUUUUUUAAAACCGUUUUGUAAUUUUACGCGUCACAGUUAUAUCUAGCCACUUAAUUUUUAUUUAAGGGUUUUUUUUUUUUUUUUUUUUUUUUUUUUUUUUUUUUUUUUUGGCGAGGAGGAAUCUAUAGAUGUCCUAUCUUUUCAGUAUCACUUGUGGAAAAGAUUAUCUUUCCUGCAUUAAACUGCUUUUGGACUUUCGUCAAAAAUCAGUUGGACCGGUUUUUGUUGGCAAAGUUUUGCCUGAAGCUUAUUCCAACAGGGGUCUCCUGCUGCCAGCUAAGUGUGGGAGAACUUGUGCACGUAUCUCCCCUCCGAAUCCCAACGAUGGGUAACGCCAGCUUUGGCUCCAAGGAACAGAAGCUGCUGAAGCGGUUGCGGCUUCUGCCCGCCCUGCUUAUCCUCCGCGCCUUCAAGCCCCACAGGAAGAUCAGAGAUUACCGCGUCGUGGUAGUCGGCACCGCUGGUGUGGGGAAAAGUACGCUGCUGCACAAGUGGGCGAGCGGCAACUUCCGUCAUGAGUACCUGCCGACCAUUGAAAAUACCUACUGCCAGUUGCUGGGCUGCAGCCACGGUGUGCUUUCCCUGCACAUCACCGACAGCAAGAGUGGCGACGGCAACCGCGCUCUGCAGCGCCACGUUAUAGCCCGGGGCCACGCCUUCGUCCUGGUCUACUCAGUCACCAAGAAGGAAACCCUGGAAGAGCUGAAGGCCUUCUAUGAGCUGAUCUGCAAGAUCAAAGGUAACAACCUGCAUAAGUUCCCCAUCGUGCUGGUGGGCAAUAAAAGUGAUGACACCCACCGGGAGGUGGCCCUGAAUGAUGGUGCCACCUGUGCGAUGGAGUGGAAUUGCGCCUUCAUGGAGAUCUCAGCCAAGACCGAUGUGAAUGUGCAGGAGCUGUUCCACAUGCUGCUGAAUUACAAGAAAAAGCCCACCACCGGCCUCCAGGAGCCCGAGAAGAAAUCCCAGAUGCCCAGCACCACUGAGAAGCUGCUUGACAAGUGCAUAAUCAUGUGAGCCCUGAGCCUUAAGAGCCAGCUCUUCCUAUCCUGUAGCGUGUAGAAAACGUGGACUCAUUUCACUGUGUUACAUGUACAUGGUUGAUUUUGUGCUGUUGUUUGGACUGUAACAUCCAUAUUGUCAAUAAAUAUACCUUGUAAGUGGAUAACUUUUCUUUUUCCCAGGCCAGAGAAUUCAAAUUGUUAAAACAUUGGCGUUUGAAGAGGAGAACAAAAAGUAGCAUGAUGUAUUUUAAAGUAAGGCCUUUAGUAAUGAAUUUAAUGAGAGAAAAUGUUUUGAAAAGAACAAAAUAUCAAAAUGAAUAGAAAGAAAAAUUGGAAGGUGUCCUUUUGGUAACCCUAUUAUUGUGUAUUACCUUUAAACAUUUCACAUCCUGUAAGUGUUUAAUCAUAUCUUUUAAUUGUGUAUUUAAUUGUUUUCACAACAAAAGCUUUUGAUAAAUUGCUGCGUGACAUAUACUAAAUAAAAAAAUGAAUAUGCUAUAGCUGAUCAUUAGGGGUGUGGGAGCAGAGAAAAUUGUGAAAGUGGAACUCUUUCACUAAAGAUGUUAGUAGUUUCCCAUGUCAUUUCAAAAUGUUUGAGUAUUCUGCAUAGCAGUUUGUAAAAGUGUAACAGCUUCUUGACUUAAUAAAGCUUUUCCUGCAUGCAA